UCAUCUCUUUCACACAGACAUCGACAUUCAGGACUCAGGAGACAACCAUGGCUAGGGUGUUUUUGUUGGUCGCUCUCUGUGUCCUUCCGGCCCUCGUCAGCGCUUCGCACUCCCUCAGGAAACCCUUCGUCGUUGUGGGUAAGGUCUACUGUGAUACCUGCCGCUGUGGUUUCGAAACCCCUGCCACUACUUACAUUCAUGGUGCAAAGGUUAGGGUUCAAUGCAAGGACAGGGACUCACUUCAGGUGGUCUACAACGCCGACGGUGUGACAGAUUCUACAGGGACAUACAAGAUCACAGUCCUAGAUGACCACGAGGAUGAGCUUUGCGAGACGGUGCUCGUCAGCAGCCCACAGAGCGACUGCACGGCCAAGAGCCCAGGGCGUGACGGGUCCCAUGUCAUCCUUACCAACAACAAUGGCAUCAUCUCCAACAUCCGUCACGCUAACGCCAUGGGAUUCAUGAAGGAUUCCCCCCUCUCUGGUUGUACCCAAAUCCUUCAGCAAUACCAGGAAUACCAGUAGACUACUUUAGCUU